UCAAAGUGUAUUCAACAAAGUGAACCAGGUAUAUGACAUUUCAUUUUUUUUACCCGAGUUCGACAUGUUUGUUGCCAUUGAUUUAACCCAUACAUUUAUUCAAAAAUUCAAAUUUUGAAAUUCAAAAGUAAACAAAUUUCAAACCAAAAAAAAAUAUUUUUUAAAUGAAUAAAAGAAAAUGCCGAAUACUUUCUGCUUAGGCAAAACAACUCAUGGAGGCAAUUUACUAAGGUUUUGUGCUCCAACUGACAAAUUGCAAACAAUUUUAUCAAUAUAUAUUAUAUUGUUAAAGUUAAAAAAGACGGGUUAAUGUAAACAAAUACAUGAAUUGUUUACUAUUUUAUUGUCAAAAGCGGGUAUGUCAAAUACUUUUUCACUUUGUUGAAUACACUUUUGCCCGGUUUCACAGUCAGUGCUUAGGUUGUGCUUAAGGUAAAACAGAAAUAUUGCGUUUUACAGUUCAUACUUAAGUGCUGCUUAAGUACUGAAAAUGGGAGACUUAAGCUCCAGUUACCGAUACUUGACUUGACUCAGCUUCGAAAAAUUUGACUUGGAAAACUUAGAUGCAGUUAUACUAAACACAGCGCGUAGAAAUCAGCUGUUUUUGAAUGUUGAGAGAGCACACAAAUGUGACAUUUUAAUUGAUUUGUGAAGUUUGUGAAAAUUUAAUAAAUAAUAAAACAAAUUGUUUUGCCGAAUACCUUUAUAAUCGGCCCUAUUCCCGUUGUCGUUGUCGUUUUAAUAGUCGUUUCUAAGUCGUCGUCGUUCUUAUCGUCGUUUCGUUCCUAAAUUGGUAUUCUUGAAGUAUAUCGUAACGCCUAAGAAAAGUUAUCGACAUUUGUCUACAUAUUUUAUAUAAUAUACUUUAAGGCGCUCUUUUCCCAUAUAAAAAUUUCUUUCUUAUGUAACGAGACACAUUUUUACACCAGUCCUUAAUGGAUUUUAUGCUAUUCUCUAUUGACUCUAAAUAACGUUAUCACUGUAAUUAUUGUACUUACGUACAACAAUGUUAGUCUUCCAUCAUUAUUUGAUUUUUUAAAAGAAGUAGUGGUGAUAUCUGCGUCCUCCUAACUUUCUUCUAAAAUAUGUUAUACUUCCAGCGUCUCAUGCUCCUUGCUUCUGGCUAAUCCGACAACUCUGCCUAGUGGUCCAGCCAAAGGAGACAUGGGUAUCUGUUUAUUAACUCCUCGUCUUGUUGGAGUACUAUUUUUUUCUUCGUUUUGAAUUUUUAGACCUUUUAUAUCUUAAAUAUACUCUUAGAUAUAAGAAUGCAAUUUUAUUAAUGCCAACAAUUUCCGACGCGAGAAAGCGGUGGAAUGGAUUUAGUUUUUUUUUUUUUUAGAAAAAAAAUAUCCCUACAAAAAAAUCGAAAUUUAAAGGAUUUAUCCCUUUUCUAAAGUCCUAGGCAUAUGCAGGAUAUUUUUCCAUUUCAGAAAUUAAAAUUUCAAACUGUUUCCGAUUUGAAAUUUUCAUCUUCACUUCAAAUAUUCCUUCAAACAACCGCGUCGUUUCUAUGUCGCUCACAAUUAUAGCAACGACAAAAAACGACUGUUUCUAUGUCGUUUCUAUAGUCGUUUCAAAUUGGGGAAUGCCAAUUUAUUUUCGAUAAAUGUCGUUAACGCCAACAGGAAUGGCAAAUAGGCGUUCUUAAGUCGUUUUAAAAUGAUAACGCCAACGGGAAGAGGGGCGAAUAAUAAUAAAUUUUAAUAAUGGAUAGUGAUUUAUUCCAAGAACUUGUUUAUUUAAAUAUUCUUCGCCUUCAAAGAAGAAAAGUUUUGAGAAGACGUAAACGCCGCUGGUCCGUUCAUCCAGCUAAUCGGGAUAGAAACCCAAAUGGUUUCUUCUGGAAGAACUUUUUAAAAUUAAAAGAAGACGACCAAAAACUAUUUAUUUUAACACGGAUGAAUCGGACAGUGUACAAUAUUCUUUUAAAUAUAAUUAGUCCGUUUUUAAAAAAAACCAAAACAACAAGAGUGGUUAUAACAUUAAUGUACCUCGCUUAUGGAACACCUUUUGAGGUCAUAGCCUCGAUGCAUAAGUUAGGCAAAACAACAGUGCGGAAUAUCGUACUUGAAACGUGUGAAAUACUUUGGUUACAUCUGUCCCCGAUAUACCUUAGCGAGCCAAGUACCGCACAAUAUAUAGAUAUUGCUGCAGAUUUUUUAAAACUGUGGAUUAUACCCAACUGUGUCGGAGCAAUUGACGGGAAGCAUAUAGCUAUUGUUCGUCCACAAAAUUCAGGCUCGUUAUUUUAUAACUAUAAAAAGUUUUAUAGUAUAGUUUUAAUGGCAUCCUGCGACGCUAGGUAUACGUUUACCUCUGCCAGCAUUGGUAGCUAUGGAGGACAAAGUGACGGAGGUGUCUUUCAGCAAUCUAAAUUUGGUAAAGCGCUCUUGGAAAACAAAUUGCCACUACCACCAAGAGCUCCAUUAUGGAAUGAAUCCUCAACAGAUUUUCCACAUUUUUUUGUGGCCGACGCAGCGUUUCCAUUGAAGGAAAACUUAAUGCGACCUUACCCCGGUGCACAGCUGAAACGAAACAAAGCAAUUUUCAAUUACCGGUUAUCGCGAGCUCGUAGAGUAAUCGAAAAUAGCUUUGGUAUUUUAACCGCUUUGGUAUUGUCGAUGGUAUUUGUAAACAAAUGUUUUUCAUUGUGCUGCCAUAUAUCAUAAUAGAAUUUUAUAGAAAAUAAGCAUCAACUGUGAAACGCAAAUGACUACUCAGUCAACAACAAUGCUUAGCUAAGAUUUUAUUUGGGCACAACUUAAGUACGAACUGUGAAACCGGGCAUUUGAGUUCACUUUGUUAAAUACACUAUGUAUGUAACCAGUCACAUUUAUAAAUUGAAUUUUCCUUUGUAGCUCCAAUAAAAAACAUCAAAAAAUCAAAAGAAAAAUAAUUGUGACAAAAUGCCGAAAUUCGAAUAUAAUUUUUCAUUCACACGAAAUUCAUGAUAACGAUUUUUUCUUUGUGGGGAAAUAAAUAUUCAUGGGAAUGCUUUACUCACAUGAAAUUUACAAUAAGGCUAAAUAUAUUUUUGCCGCUAAUAGGACAUACAAACAUACAUACCUUCUUUUCCGGUUUUGCAUCAUUUUUAUCAAUUUUCGUAUCAGCAAUCUCGACUUCAGCAUGAUUCGCAAUUUCUUUAUCACUUUUACUAAUAUCUGUAUCCUUAUAUUCUUCGACAACAGAAUUAAAGCCAUUAUCAACAUUUGAAGGAAUGGGGUUUCUUUUUCCAUGAGCUGAGUUAAAAUUAUCUUAAUUAGUUGUUUCAAGAUUUUAAAAACUACGAAAAACUCUUACACUUUAAAAAACGUUGUGUAUCCUCUUCCAUGGCACUGCGCUGCGUGAGUAGAAAAAUGUCCAUAGUAAUUGUCUUAUGCUGAUAUCACUAACAAAAAUGUUACAAUCAAUACAAACUUUUAUAAAACAUAAACAAUG